AUGGCCGAGGAGGGAGUUUUAGAUAAAUUUUGCGGCUCCCAAUUUUGGGAUGCCAACCUCACAUGGUACACAGACACACCCCAGUUUACGCCGUGCUUUGAGCGAACAGUGCUGGUGUGGAUACCCUGUGGUUUUCUGUGGUUGUUUGCUCCCUUGGAGACCCACUAUGUUCUUCAAAGUGCCGAUCGACUCGUACCUUGGUCCUGGCUCAAUAUUUCGAAGUUGGUGGUAUCAGCUACCUUAAUGACCCUGCAGUGCUUGGAUUUCUUUUAUGCUGUCCAU